AUGCCUAACAGCAGCAUAACCCAGCAGAACCAUUCCUCCAACGAGACACUGCCGGACACCUCAGAGAGGCUCCGGACUGUUCUCAUAGCCCUGUACGUCAUCGACCUGGCUGGUGGCACCCUUGGGGUCAUCAUGAUGUCCCAUCAGUUGAUUCAAAGGAGAUCGCAAUCUGUGAUGACCAUUAUCAUCAUCAGCCUCCUGGUGCUGCACACCUUUAUGCUACUCAGCAUCCCCUUCCGCCUCAGCUAUUACAUUUUACGGGAAUGGAAAUUUGGGAGGUUCGCCUGCAAGCUAGCAAGCGCCAUCAUCUACCUCCACAUGUACACCACCUUCGCAUUUUACGUGGCUAUCAUCAUAAUACGCCUCUUCCGACUCGAGUUUAGGAAGUGCUACACUACAACCUGGGUGGCUGCUGUCUGGCUGGUGGGAGCGCUGGUGAUCACACCUGUUCUUCUCUCAUACUAUGGCACCUCUAAGACAUACCGCUCCUCCGAAUGCUUUCAGUUCCACAAAGAGAUACAAGAGGUGCCCAUGGUGAUCGUAAACUACUGCUUGGCUGGGAUUUUGGUGGCAGUCUGUGCUGUGCUCACCAUAAUCCAGUUGUCUGUGAUCUAUAGACUGGCUGUGAAAUACUGGCCUGACAUCAAUUCCCAUGUGGAAUUCAGGGCUCAGGCAAAGAGUUUCUUCUUCAUCUUGGUAACGUUAGUGUGCUUUAUGCCUCAUCAUGUAUUCAGAGUAUAUUACAUCCGAAACUGCCACAUGGAUAAAGACCAUAAACUACUCCCAUACAACGAAAUUUUUUUAGCUUUAACAACAAUGUGCUGCUUGGAUAUGUUGUGCUUCAUAGCAGGAAUAGCCCACUGA